UUUUGAUGCAAUAUUUUAGGUUAAAGAUGAACAAAAAUGUUUUCAGGCGAAGUAUGUAUGGAGAAUUGGAGAUGGAGGUGUAGCUGGCCUUCAUUUGGGUUAGUUUCAGUAAUUCAGAUUUAUCAGGGUUCAGGAUUCUUGAAAAAGUCUAAAUCUGUGUGGUGGUGUUCUGGUAUUUUGUAGCAUGAGAAUGCAUCUAUUAGCAUCUAAACCUUUUGAGUGUGCAAGUCAUCUUGGAAUAUCUGUAAUAGCCCAUCUUUCUCUUUCUUUGUGCCAUGUCGUCGGAUUUAGAGCACUAAAUCCCUCUGACAUUCAGUAGUGUUCAUAUAACACCAUCACACUGGACAUUGUAGUGAUUUAUGGUAUUAUCCACUCGAGUUGGGUGUUAAAGUCUCCCCUCUCAAGGACUCACGUCUUUGUGAAUCCUACACAUACAACUCUAGAUUCUCAACUCCGAUAUGAACUGUAACAACUCAGUAUUCCUUGAGCAUAGUGAAUAAUGUCCGCUUUUUGGCAAAAAAAGUAGUUCAUUAGAUUAUGAUAUUUGAUCUAUUAUAUUAUGUAUUUUGGUUUCUUCCUUGAGAGAUGUGGAAUUUAUAGAUUUGAAUCCCUAUGUCACGCGGUAGCUCAACAAAAAUCAUUGGAAAGACUUAUGACCCGUUCACUCGAAUUGAGUGUUACAAUAUCAUUUCAAUUUGGUUUUAUCGAGAUCUCCUAGCUCCUUUUGUUAUUUUCUUAAUCUUACCACAAAAUUAUCUACAUGUUUGAAUUGGGUCAUACAUGCUUUCUUUGAAGGGUUUAUAACUUUAUAUAUUGCUAGCACUGCCACGACAUUUAUGGCGACGUUGGCUCAGUGACACAUGCACAUGCAGAGAACUAGAGAAGUCAAAGAAAUGGGCACCCAACUCUGUCUUUAUAUGGACCAUGGAGAGUGGAAAAUGUUGCCCAUAAUCUGUCAGCGGCCCAUUUUGCAAGUCAUGGGCUAAACCCAUUCGCUGAUCUAUGGACUUUGUUAGAGGCCCAUUGCUCAAACGAAUGUGGCCCAGACCAAGCCCAAACCAUGGGCUGAAGGAUCGAAUGCCCGUUUUCGCCGAUGAGGGCUUCGAUUUGAUCUGACUGGAGGAAUGGAAGAUGAUGAUGAGAGAGGGAAGGUGAGGGCUUUGAUUGACAAGGCCACCAACUCCACGGCCCGAGAGGUCGACCCCCGCCUCCUCAGGGCCAUUAAAUCGGUGGUUCGAUACUCCGAUUCGGAGCUCCGACUCGCUGCCCAAACCCUCUUGGACCUCAUGAAACGCGACCACUCUCAGGUCCGUUACCUUACACUUCUCGUAAUAGAUGAACUAUUUAUGCGGUCAAAGCUCUUCAGAACCAUUGUUGUUGAAAACUUUGAUCAGUUACUGAGUCUGAGUGUUGGAUUCCGAAGAAAUUUGCCACUUCCUGCUCCACCUGCCAUUGCUGUUCUUUUACGUUCAAAAGCUAUUGAGUUCCUGGAGAAGUGGAACAUUUCAUUUGGGAUUCAUUAUAGACAGAUCAGAUUAGGUUUCGACUAUCUUAAAAACAUUCUCAAAUUCCAGUUUCCUAAUCUUCAGGCAAAUGCAGCAAGGAUUCAACAAGAGAGAAGGGAAAGGGAGAUACGGUCAAAAGAAAUUAUACUGAAUAAGUUUGAAUCUCUGAGGACUAAUCUCUUUGCAAUAAAGGAAGAAAUACAAUCUACUAUAGAUGAAAUUGAGGAGUGUUUGGAUAUUGUUUGUCUUGAAGAAGAGAGUAUACCGGCUGAUCUGUUAGAUGAUGAAGAUUUUGAAGAGUUUCAUUCUUCUGAGUUGUACCAAAUACGUCUUGAUUCAUUGAAAGAAGGAAAAAAGGUCCAUGAAGAUAGCGACAAUAAAGUGGUCUUUGAUGCACUGAGGGAGUUGUAUAAGCUUCUGGUGACAAAACAUCUGGUUUCAAUCCAAGAAUGGAUUUCUGUGCUUAUAAGGGUUGAAGUGGCAGACAAUAGGUUUAGAGAUUCCACACUGAAAGAGUUUAUAGAUAUCCGAAAUCAUCUACAGUCGGUGAAGAAACAAUGUGAAGAAUCGGGUUGUUAUGUUCCAAGAACUGCAAAGCAUGAUAAAGAAGGGAAAGAAGAAGAAGAUAUCUGGGAGGAGGGUAAGAUUGGAUCAGUGGAGAAUGAGGGCACGAGCAUAGCCAAUAAACUCGCUGAGGCUCCUGUGCUUACAUCGACUUCUGGUAAGGUGAGUGAUGAUACCCCUGAAUGCAGGAACAAAAGUUCUGAUGGCAAUGAGUCCAUAGGUCGUGAAGGUAGAACUGACGCUCACCCCUUUAGAAAUAAGCUUUUGGCUGAAGCUCCUGUGCUGAAGUGGAAUUCAUCUUUGGAUACUUGGGGGUCAAACAGGGAUGUUUUGGCUAACCAAAGAGGGUUGGAGCUUGAAAGUCACUGGGGUAGGGUAGACUAUGAUGCGGUUAUUCCAGCAGAUAAAAUUGCAGAAUUGAGUGUUCAGGCGACUCUUUACGAGGAGGAGCAUGUAGAAAUCCAACCAUGUCGUGCUCCAUUGAGCAAAAGAGGUCUCUGCCAGAGAAGAGAUUUGAGAGUUUGCCCACUUCAUGGUACCAUUGUUCCCCGAGAUGAUGAAGGAAAACCUAUCCAUCAGAAAUCAAUGACAGACGUUGGAACCAGUAUUGAUCUAGGGACUAAUAUGGUUCAGCAGUUGGCAAAACAAGCUGUGAAGACUGUUCGGGACAGAGAUAAUGAGGAAGCAAGGAAGAGAAAAAUUGAUAAACAAUCGCUCAAGCGUGCAAAGCUAGCAAAGAUUCGGGGGCACAAUGAAGCGGUUCUACGGGAUGCUGCAAUGGCUUCAGCUUCUAUAUCUGCAGCUGUUGGAGAAGAUGCAGUGGGAAACAGUGUGGAUAGAUUGCCAAACAGGAACAAGGAGACUCUUGCAUCCAUGUUGCGUAAGAAAGUCACUACAAAAGAUAGAUUAGCUCAAAGACUUUUGAAUGCACGGGCUAGUAAUGCAACAAUAAGACAGCUAACUCUAGGUGAAGAUGCAAAUUACAAAGAAGCCUUCCCAAAUCAAUGGUAAAUUAUAUUUGCAUCCUGAGCUGGUGGACAAUCUCCAAAGAAUAAGUGUCUCAGGUGCUUACGCUAAUAAUGAUAAGCAUCUCAAUUUCUUUAUGGAAACAUACUUCUUGUUCUUGUGUUGGUUGCAUAUCUGAUCAUUUGUUCAGCUAUUUACUAUGGAAAGCCAGAAUGCUGUCAGUGGGGCUUCUGGCUCUGGGAUAGAAAAUGGUAGAGAGUACCACUUUUUGUUCACUUUUGUAAAUAUGUACAUUUUGUAUUAUUUUUCCGAAAUUUUAUUUGGUGGAAUAAAGAUAGAUUUGAACUGUGA